AUGUUCGAGACCAGACCACGUAGAGAGUCCAUAGACGCAGGCUCACCAACACCGAGCUGAGCCCCGCAGCCGCACCGCCGCGUCGACCGCGCCCACCGGAAACCCCUCCUCCGCCCUCCUCGGAAGCUGUUUUACGCUCCUCGCCGGUCGUCUCCGCCAUGGCAGGGCAGUCACGGAAGUGGAUGAUCCUGGUGGCGACGAUCUGGAUCCAGGCGUUCACCGGGACCAACUUCGAUUUCUCGGCCUACUCGUCGAGCCUCAAGUCGGUGCUCGGGGUGUCGCAGGUGCAGCUCAACUACCUCGCGGUGGCCUCCGACCUCGGGAAGGUCUUUGGGUGGUCGUCGGGAUUGGCCUUGAUGUAUAUGCCCUUGUGGGUGGUGCUCUUCAUGUCGGCCUUCAUGGGGUUCAUUGGCUAUGGCCUCCAGUGGCUCGUCAUCAGGGAAAUCAUAACCCUUCCUUAUAUCCUGGUCUUUCUUCUAUGCUUGUUGGCCGGUUGCAGCAUCUGCUGGUUCAACACCGUGUGCUUCGUCUUGUGCAUCCGCAACUUCCCGGCCAACAGGGCGCUCGCGCUGUCCCUCACGAUCAGCUUCAACGGUGUGAGCGCCGCCCUUUACACCCUGAUCGCCGACGCCAUCAACCCGUCCUCCAGCGCUCUCUACCUCCUCCUCAACGCCCUGGUCCCCCUCAUCACCUCCUUCAUGUCCCUCGUCCCGAUCCUCCGGCAGCCCUCGCUCGACCCCCUCCCGCCCGACGCGGUUGGCCGCGACUCCCUCAUCUUCCUCAUCCUCAACAUCCUCGCCAUCAUCACGGGCGUCUACCUCCUCCUCGUAGGCUCGACCUCCGACACCGCCUCAGCCCUCCUCCUCCUCGGGGGAGCGCUGUUUCUGCUGUUUUUCCCCCUAUGCAUCCCUGGGAUCGUGUACGCUCGGGGCUGGUUCCGCCAGGCGAUCCACUCUAGCUUCCGGGUCGAGGGCUCGUCGUUCGUCCUGGUUGACGACGACGACCUCGAGCUGCAUAAGGAGCUGAUAACCCGCGAGGCAAGCAUCCACGAGAACGGGCUGACACACCUGAUCAGCGAUAACGGGUUGUCGUACGGGCUGACGAGGCACAAGGCCGAGGGGUGUUGCGAGAGCAUUGUGGGGAGGCAUCAAUUGGCAAUGCUCGGUGAAGAACAUCCUGCAAAAUUGCUGGUGAGGAGGUUGGAUUUCUGGUUGUACUACAUUGCAUACUUCUGCGGAGGGACCAUUGGCCUUGUGUACAGCAACAACCUAGGCCAGAUUGCUGAAUCCCUGGGACAGAGUUCGAACACCACGACGCUCGUCACACUCUACUCAUCCUUCUCCUUCUUCGGCCGCUUGUUCUCCGCCGCUCCCGACUACAUUCGCACGAAGUUCUACUUUGCGAGGACCGGGUGGUUGACGGUCGCGCUCUUGCCCACUCCGGUCGCCUUCUUCCUGCUUGCCGCGUCGAGCAGCAGUGCAGCGUUGCACGCGAGCACCGCCUUAAUUGGGCUUAGCUCAGGGUUCAUAUUCGCAGCGGCGGUCUCGAUCACAUCCGAACUGUUCGGCCCCAACAGCGUUGGGGUGAACCACAACAUCCUCAUCACCAACAUACCCAUUGGGUCACUGUUAUACGGGCUCCUCGCAGCCAUUGUCUACGACGCGAACACGAGAUCCGGCUAUGGCAUAAGCAUGGUCGCCGACUCGAUGGUGUGCAUGGGGAAGGACUGCUAUUUCCAAACGUUUGUGUGGUGGGGAUGCAUUUCGGUUGUGGGAUUAGCCUCUAGUUUGCUAUUGUUCUUGAGAACCCGACCCGCUUAUGAUCGGUUCGAACACAAUCGGAUCAUCUCUAGUCAACUGGAUGUAGGGCAAUAAUGCAAUUGAAUUCAAUAGGGAAAGUUGAUUACAGUUUAACUUA